AUGACCAUGGAGGAAGAAGGCGCUACUCCACUGGAUCAUAAUCAUUUACACAAACAACUACUACCUAACAAUGUGUUUCUUACGAUUGCCAAAAGCUUCCUCGAUAAUCCCGACGAUGUAUUCCAUCUAGCAUUGUCCAGUAAGAGCUUGUGGCGAUAUCUGGAGGACGAAAUCUAUGCCACGGAGGUUUUGACCACAAAAGCCUCUGCGGAGAUGCUCGUUCGCGGAACCCCAGAUGCGGAAGUUGUGAUCAAUGUCCACCAGUCCGACAUUCCGGACCCUGUGGAGAGAUUACGACUUUUCAAAUUACGCCCUAAUUUCCAAGAACACCGGAGCCUGCUGCUUCGAAUCAUCGAUGAUGGCAAUACCGAAGCUGCCAGGAAACUCAUAAAUGCCAGCGUUGAGAACUGGCCAAACUAUCUCGAUGUGAAGCGUCGAUCCGUGACUCCACUAUUCCUUGCUCUAAUGCACGGUCACGAGAAAAUUGUCGAAUAUCUCGUUAAUGGAGGCUGCUUCGUUGACGCAUGGUAUGACGAGCCUUGGGGUAUCAGGAAGUUUGUGAAAGGUGGAUGCCAAUUCAUCAAAGAACUCGAGGUCAAGAGUAGCUGCUACAAUAAGGCAGAUAACAUAAUCUACUCGCUCCUGGAUUAUGCCAUAGCCAUGCGUCGCCACGACCAGUCACUUCUGCUGGCCAAGUACACAUGCGAUGGCGGUUUGAUACCGGUCGAGGAGAAUACGACGCACAUGCCACCUCUGCACCUGGCUGCGUUUGGUGGUAUGACUCAUGUGGUGAGAACACUACUCGAGCGAGGGUACGACAGUUUUGCCCCCUCAAAUCUCUUCAACAACGCAACACCGUUAGAUAUGGCGGCUUCAGGGGUCGACAACAACCAAAAAACCAUGCAACUGCUCAUAGAUAGCAGAGAAGAACUCCCGGGUCCGAUUACUGCCAGGAAGAGGGCUCUCAUUCAUCGAGCUCUCAUCCAUCGAGCUCCCGGUAAUGCCAUUUUCCUUCUGGAAACCUGGCACCAGAUACAACAACUCUCCAACCUCAAAGAUGAAGUGACUUAUUGCCUCGAGUCAGACGAGCUCCUGCCCGUUUUGCAGUGGAUCGUGGAGCAUGACCAGUCCACUACCAUCCGCCAAGACAUCAAGAGUAUGUGCCUUAAGCUAAUCGACAAGAAGAAGGGAAUUGAGUCAGGAACGAUGAAAUAUCUUCGUAGCGUGGGAAUAAUGGAGCCCUCUUCAGAUCAAGAUCACGAUCGUUGA